AUGGAAGAUAACUCCUACUUUGAUGAGGUAGAGAAGCUCCUGGAAAAUAAAAGUAAGAACUCUGAGGAGGAAAAUGGAGUUGUACAAAAUAAGAGCAGAAAAAAAAAAGAAUUAAAUAAAAGAAGAGCUAAUGGAAAGUCGGACAAAUGCAGUGACAACGAAAUGGUGAGGAAGGAUCAAAAGGAAAAAUAUGCCAGUGGUGAUGGAAAUGAAGAGGACGAAAAUAAUGACCAACACAGCACGGGAAAUGACGAAUUGGCUUUGAAGAAAAAAUUCCAUAAAGAGUUAAAUGGGGGAAAGAGGAGCGGAAGAGGAAGGAAAAGUGAAGAGCGGGGUGGUAAACAUAAAUCUAGAGAAAAGAUAAGUGAGGGCAAUAGUGGAAGUAGUGGUGAAGACAUGACAGAUCGGAGCCAUGCUACAAGUGAAGAUGGCAGUGAUGACAGGCGCAACAAGGGUAAGGCGAAAAGGACUGGCUUGAGGGAAAGAGAGCAUGACAAUCGUAAGGAUAGAAAGAAAAAAGACAGAGUAAGAGACGGAGGGAGUGAUAACAGUGUGGAAAAAAGGAAAACAUAUUCAUCUGAUGAGUCGAGUAGUGAGCAGAAAGAAAGAAGGAAGAGAUAUAAAGGUAGGGAUAGGAUGGUCAAGUCGCGCAGGGAAGUGUCGCAGUCUAAGUCUGGCGAAAGUGGUGAGGAGGAUGAGUUGGAAGAAAAGGAGAGAAUUAAAAAAAAGAAUGGCGUGGAGAGAGAAAGAAGGAGAAAAGGUCACGCGAAAAAGGACCAGAAAAGAAGGGGUGAUAGGCAAAGUGACUCAGAGAACGAAGCAGAAACUGAGGGAGAGGAGACGAAUGGCGAAGGCAAGAGUGAUGGUACAGACAGCAACGAUGAGGGUGAGAGUGCAAGUGAUGGCGACAGGAGGAAGCCGAAGGGCAAAGUGAAAAAUGCUGUGAAGCGAAGUGAAAACAGGGGACGCAAAAGAAGGGCGAAAUCAGAGUCCGAGGAGGAGUCUAAUUUGUCCACGGAUUCCGAUGGUGGCGAAAGAGGAAGAAGAGGAAGAGGUGGAGGAAGUGCAGGAGGAGUGGUAAAGUCGGACGAGGAGGAAGACGGGAACAGCGAAACUAGCGAAAAUCGGAAAAACCGAGAAAAGAAAAGGAGGAGGCACAGAAGGGGGAGCCCCGGUAGUGAACGCGCUUCUCGUAGUAAAAGGAAAGGUUCAUAUGGAAAUGACAGCAAUGAUGAGGUGGAGGAUGGCGCUAACGAUGGUGGCGACACUGAUGACGGUGAUGACAAAUCCGAUGGGGACCGUUCCGGAGGUGAGGACGCAAAAAAAAAGAAGAGAAAAAACAGGAACGACAAAGAAAGUGAGAGAAAAAGAGCGGAACGAGAUGCCUCGUCCAGUGAAAGCUCCUCUAGUGGGGAAGAGGACCAUAGGUCGAAACGAAAAAGGAGAAAAGCCAGUCCUAGCAUAAGCGAGUCGGAUUCGAGUGAUGCGGUUGAGAGUGACCGGAGGUCGAGGAGCGCGAAAAGGAGGAAACGAGAGAGGUACGAAUUAGAGAGAAGGGAAAGACAUCGAGAUAGAGAGAGAGAGCGCGAUAGGGAGAGGGAGCGCGAUAGGGAGAGGGAGCGCGCGCGGGAACGAAUGUGGAAGGAGCGCGAACGGGAGAGAGAACGAGAAAGAGAAAGACUGAGAAAGGAAAUAGAAGAAGCAAGAAUUAGAAGAGAAAAAAGAAGAGAAGAGAAAAGACUACAGAAAGAACAGGAGGAAGCAAAGAGGGACGACUUAACAGUACUGGUACUGAACUUAGACCUAAAGGCAGAUGAAAGGGACAUAUAUGAAUUUUUUUCAGAAGUUGCAGGAAAGGUAAGAGAUAUUCAGUGUAUAAAAGAUCAGAGGUCGGGAAAGUCUAAAGGAGUAGCUUAUGUAGAAUUCUAUACUCAAGAAGCAGUGGUAAAAGCUUUAUCGGCUAAUGGAUAUAUGUUAAAAAAUAGACCUAUAAAAAUACAAUCUUCCCAAGCGGAAAAAAAUAGAGCCGCAAAAGCCGCCAAACAUCAACCCAUUGACCCAAAUGAUAUUCCUAUAAAAUUAUACAUUGGUGGAUUGGUAGGUCCGUUAGGGAACAUCUCGGAGCAAGAAUUAAAACAGCUGUUUAAUCCUUUUGGAGAAAUUCUUGAAGUAGAAAUUCAUCGAGAUCCUUACACAGGGAAAUGUAAAGGGUUUGGGUUCAUUCAAUUCUUUAGAGCAUCGGAGGCCAUUGAAGCUAUGGGAGUUUUAAAUGGAAUGGAAAUAGCAGGUCGAGAAUUAAAAGUUAGCUUCGCUCAGGAUUCUAAAUAUAUCCUAGCAUCUGAAAAGGAGGCAAAGGAAAAAGUGCUCGCGAAGCUCAUGGCGAAGAAGGCCAAAGCUGAAGAAAAAGUGGAAGAGCCCGACAAUGAGAAAAUUGACAACGAUGAUGAUGAUGGAGGUGGGCUCAUUGCCGGGGCAGGAAGUAAAAUUGCCCUCAUGCAGAAGUUGCAGCGAGACACUAUCCUUGAUUCUGGGAUAUCGAGUCAGUUCACCACGGGCGCCAAUGCAAUCAUGCAGACGACAUCGCUCGGAGCCGCUCAGUCCAACACCCUCAACAACAUCACGCCCAACCUGGUUCUCUGCAAUAUGUUUUCGCCCAAUGAUGAAAACAUCGGUUCGGAUCCAGACUUUUUCAGCGACAUAAUUGAAGAUGUUAAGGAGGAGUGUAGCAAGUACGGAAGUAUUACCAAGAUUUGGAUGGAUACAAAAAAUAUCGACGGGAAAAUUUAUAUCAAGUAUACAAAGCAGGAUGAAGCCUUCAAGGCAUUUCAGUUUCUGAAUGGAAGAUACUUUGGAGGGUCCCUGAUAAAUGCUUAUUUUGUGACGGAGGAAAUGUGGAAUUCGAUAUGUGUGUAG